CUCACAUCCUGUUGGGGCGGGCAGCAGUCGGCUUCAGUCGCCUGAGCGAGGGAGUCUUGGUGCACCGGGAGAGGACCAUCGCCUGCUGAGAAGGAGAUCUCCCCCACCCGGCCCCGCCGCUCACAGUGACUCCCGGGGCUGCAGCUGCUGCUGCUGCUGCAGAGGAUAUUCUCCAGGCAGCCAGGAACAAAAAUGGCCGACAAGGUGUGUACGUUGCCCUUCUUUUACGGCAACAUCACUCGAGAGGAAGCGGAGGACUACUUACGGCAGGGCGGCCUGGCCAACGGCCUGUACUUGUUACGGCAGAGUCGAAACAACUUAGGGGGCUUCGCUCUGUCCGUGGCCUCCACGCGCCAAUACUACCACUAUGCCAUAGAGAGGCAGCCGAAUGACACAUAUAUCAUAGCUGGAGGCAAGAGCCACAGGAACCCCGUGGAUGUGAUAGACUACCACUCACAGGAACUGGACGGCCUCGUGUGUCUGCUGGAGAAGCCCUGCAACAGACCCAAAAACAUGCAGCCCAAGGUGGGGCCGUUCGAAGACCUGAAGGAGAAGCUCAUCCGGGAGUAUGUCAUGCACACGUGGAACCUCCAGGGGGCCGCUCUGGAGCAGGCUAUCAUCAGCCAGAAGCCUCAGCUGGAGAAGCUCAUAGCCACCACGGCCCAUGAGAAAAUGCCAUGGUUCCACGGCUCCAUCACACGCGAGGACUCCGAACCGAGGCUUCAGAAUGGCCCCCGCAGGAAUGGAAAGUUUCUAAUACGACAGAGGGAUACAAAUGGUUCCCAUGCUCUGUGUUUGUUACAUGAGGGGCAUGUCAUGCACUAUCGCAUUGACAGUGACAGAUCUGGCAAGCUUUCUAUCCCGGAGGGCAAGAAGUUUGACACCUUGUGGCAGCUGGUGGAGCACUACUCAUACAAACCAGAUGGCCUACUCUGUGUGCUAACUGAGCCCUGCCCAUGUCCAGAUCGAGAAAGUGGGGACAUAAGACGACCGCCUUUACCACGGGACCACCCUGGCCUAGCUGCAGCCAGCGGAUUUUUUACCAGGCUGAAAAACUACUCUGUACCCAUACCUGGCCGAAAAAAGAUCUGGGGGGGCUCUCGCCACAACACCACAGAUAAUCUCAAUCCUUAUGAAACCAGAGCACAGAACAACCAAGCAGCUGACAAAGAGGCCAUGCCCAUGGACACAGAGGUUUAUGAAAGCCCCUAUGCAGACCCAGAUGAACUCAGGAGUUCCACGGUGGCACGGAAUCAGCUCUUCCUGGAGGAUGGAGAGCUGGGAUCUGGGAACUUUGGCACAGUCAUGAAGGGGAUCUACAAGAUGAGGAAGACAGAAAAGCCAGUUGCAGUUAAGGUCCUGAAAAACAAUGACGACAACCCAGUAGUGCGCGAGGAAAUGCUGCGGGAAGCCAGUGUCAUGCAGCAGCUGGACAACCCUUACAUUGUCCGUAUGAUUGGCACCUGUGAAGCCGAGAACCUCAUGCUUGUAAUGGAGCUGGCAGAUCUAGGUCCUCUCAACAAAUUCCUGCAAAGGAACAAGCAUAUAAGCAUCAAGAAUAUCACAGAGCUGGUCCACCAGGUGUCCAUGGGUAUGAAGUACCUGGAGGAGCAUAACUUUGUUCACAGGGACCUUGCUGCAAGAAACGUCCUCCUUGUCACCCAGCACUAUGCCAAAAUCAGUGACUUCGGCCUUUCUAAAGCACUCACCGAGGAUCAGGACUACUAUAAGGCCAAAGGUCACGGCAAGUGGCCUGUGAAGUGGUAUGCUCCUGAGUGUAUGAACUACUUCAAAUUCUCGUCAAGAAGUGACGUGUGGAGUUUCGGAGUCCUCAUGUGGGAGGCCUUCUCUUUAGGGCAUAAACCAUAUAAGGGAAUGAAAGGAAACGAUGUCAUGCAGAUGAUUGAGAGUGGAAAGCGUAUGGAUGCUCCACCCAACUGCCCCCCAGAGAUGUAUGACCUCAUGAUGAAGUGCUGGACAUACAAGGCAGGGGAAAGGCCUGGAUUUUCAGUUGUUGAGCCAAGACUAAGGGAGUAUUACUAUGAUAUUGCACAGUGAUUAUGCAUCCUGCAUUCUGCCGCACAGAUUAAACUGGACUCUGUAAGUUAAUCAAAAUGCAAAAUAUUGGUCAACACUCGUAAUAAAAGCUGUAUUUUAAGAGGUAUGAAUUGUUGGGGAUGCGUAUGUGAAUGCCACUGUAAAGUGCGUGGUAUCACGGGGGGUUUCUUAUAGCUUUUAACAUGGACCACAUAAAACAUCAAGAUGUGUAUUUGAUGACUUUUUCCUUAUGUGCUUCUACUAAGUGUUUAAAGAAUUGUUCAAAAUGUUUCCCCCCCAUCUGUUUAUAUGUGCAGUUUUAUUACUUGAGUAAUAUAAAGGGAAAUAUCUGACAUGAUGAUUUGGAUAAAGUCAGCCAAAAGUGUCUUUUUUUAAGAUUUGUCAAUUUCCAUGGUUUGGCAUGAACAUGCGGAGCGAUUGUUUUGAGACGUACAUGUGGAACUGUCAAUAAAUAUA